AUGGCGGACCCGUCGAACACGUUCUCCGCCGUGCCCUACCUGACGAGCCCGCUCACCGAGAGCGGCCUGACGGUGUCCUUCGAGCUGAGGCACCCCGGCUACGUCUGGGCGAUGAUCGUCCCGCGCGAGGCGGCCGACGGCGUCACCCGCGCCGACGUGCAGACGUCCACCGGCGCACUGGGCUCGUCCCUCUGCAGGUACUCCAACGUCAGCGUCGCCGCCUUCGACCCGCAGAUCUGGGUCCUGUCGGGUUGCCUGCUGGACUGCUUCCGAAGCUACACCGUGAUGGUCUAUGCCAGCGGCAUCGGCGGGCACGCGGACGGCACGCUGUUCGCCGUGGAGGACGAGGCGGGACCCGCGAGCAACGCGUUCGUCGCCUACCCCACGAUCGUCGGCGUCGUGACGGGUGACGGCUUCGCCAUCGAGUUUGUGCCCUCGGAGGACGGCUACGCGUGGAUGGCCGUCACCACGGGCGCCAGCGGGCUGACGAUCCCCGCGGUCAAGGGCGCCUACGACCAGUACUUCCAGGCGGUGGGCGCCGACAGCUGCAGCGCGCUGGGGCUGCCCGUCACCGGCGGCGUGCUGCAGGAAGUGAACCUGUCCGGCUGUGCGUUCAACAGCGGGCCAGAGUACAAGCUUCACGUCUACGUCGAGGGGCUCGAUGGUGUCGGCAACGACGGCAGUUUUGCAGGAUCGCACGCCCCCUUCGAGGUGAAGCCGUCGAACUCCUUCGCCGUGUACCCCGUGAUCACCAGCGCCGUGACGGGCCUCGGCCUCACUUGCAGGUUCGCGGCCUGGCUCCAGGGCUACUUCUGGAGCGUGCUGCAGGAGGACUCGGCGGAGGCGGCCACCUUCACGAGCGUCAAGUCGGCAGCGAACGCCCGCGGCGGCCUCGACUGCCGCAGGUCCCGCGAGCCGCUGCUCGGCAACGGCACCGUGCAGGAGGUUGCCUGCGAGGCGAAAAGCACGCCGUCGCUCCGAGGCCCCGGAAGCUCUGCCGAUGCUCGCCAGUCGUGCCGCGCCGGCGUGCGGUGGGACCGGGCGCAGGCGGCGCGGCAGGUGAAUUUCAGCAACUGCUCGAUCAUCCCGGACCGGUUGUACCACCUGUCCGUCUACAUUGAGGACUCGAACGGCAACAACGACGGCGUGCUGUCUUUGCCCGUCGACACGCGGCUGGACUUCUCGAACGCCUACCAGGGGGCCCCGCGGGUCGCGGGCGCCCCUCGGGGCCCCGUACGGGGCGUUCCGGGGUCCUUCGCGGGGCGGGAGCGGUCCUGGGCCCCAGCUCUUUUGGCGCACGCCCUGAGGCCAACAGAAGGCACGAAAUGA